AUGUGCCCUGGCAGUCAGAAGAGACAGAUGUGUCCUGUGGUGCAUCAAGCACAGCACCAUCAGCCGGUCAAGGAAGGUGAUUGCUCUGCUGUACAGGGCACCGGUACAGCCCAUCUCAAGACCUGUGUGCAGCUGUGGGUGCCUGCCUGGGUACAAGGCUAUGAAAUUAUUAGAGCGAGUCCAGAGGACGGUGACCAAGGUGCUGAAAGACCUCGAGGUAUACCCAGUGGCUUGCUAACUGCUAUACUAAUGCAAGGCCAGUGGGAGGUUAAUCUCCGAGCCACUGAUGUGAAGCUUAUGCGCCAGCUCCUACUCAUCAAUGAAAGUAUUGAAUCAAUCAAGUGGAUGAUUGAAGAGAAAGCCAUAGCCAGCAGAGGCAGCAGUUUGAGUGGAAGCCUAUGCAGCUUGCUAGAAAGUCAGGAGACAUCGCUCCAUGGCAGCUGUAACAGUUUGCAAGACUGUAGUGAUGGACUGGAUGGAAUAUCAGUGGGGAGUUACUUGGACACCUUAGUGGAUGAUGUUCCUGGUCACCAAACCCCUUCAGAUCUGGACAAAUUCAGUGAUUCUUCUGUCACGGAGGACUCACAGUCUCUGCAUAAGCAUCCAAAAAUUGAUUCUGAUGAGUACUACUGUUUUGGUUAAUAAGAACAAGUUCCAGUGGGACACAAAUGCACUUGUACUUACCCUUUUUCUUUGCUGCUAUUUUAUUUCAUGUGCAAAAGCCCCAAAGUCCUCUUGGAAGGAGAAUAUAGUAUGAUACUUCAAUUCUAUUGCUUAACUUUUCUAUUGCUUCUAAUGCAUUUUUUCCUUGAUGGAUUGGGUUUGUCUCAUCCUCCUCCUUCUCACAUUUUCUUAAUUUAUUGUCACAAUUAUUUUUGCUUUAAUUUUUUACAGUGCUAUAUUUACAAGUCUGUAAAACUGGUCAAGGAAAAGCUUUAUGUUUAAAAUUAAACAUCAGAGAAUGAGUAAACAAUGAUUAACAAUUUUGUAUUUCUUGUUAAUAAAACAUCAUCUGAAAAAUA